AUGAGUGAUGACAAUAUAGAACCGUGCAGUAUUCCAUUACUGCGUGAUAAUGUCGAAGAUUUAGACAGUUAUGAUGACGUCAUGAAUAGUACAGAAAGAGAGGAAAGAGUAUUUUUGAAAGAAAAUGAAGGAAAUAGAGAAAAAAAGAGACAGUUAGAAAAUAGUGAGGAGAGCGAGACAGGGGAUGCUGAAGAAGGAUGGACCAAGGUUCGAGGAAAAGGGAAGAGAACAUGUCUUCGAAGUGAGAUUGACGUGAAUGUGAGCAAUCAUAAUUUUGAAAUAUAUAUCUCCUCUAAAGAUAAGUUGCCCAAACAAUUCGCCCUAGCAAGAACCUUUCAACAGCUCAAUAUCACUAGCAUCAAUCACGUUAAAUACAUAACACCCUAUAAAGUGCGGUUGCAUCUGGAGAACGAGGAGACUAUGAAAAAUAUUUUGGAAUGCGAAGAGUUAAUUCGUAAAGGUUGGAGAAUAUAUAAAGCUAUGGAAGUGUCAUAUUGUUAUGGUGUUAUUAGAGAUGUUGACCUUGAUUUGAGUGAAGAAGAAAUUUUGAAUAAUAUAUCUUGUCCUUUUUCUAUUGAAAUCCUAUCACUUAAGCGACUUAAUAGAAAGGCUUUAAAUGUUUACGCAUCGACUUUUACACCACAAAAACCUAUCGAACGAGAAGUGAGUAUUCAACCAACCACAUCUUAUGAGAAUAAGAAUCCUUUGGGCUUUAACCAGGGCUCACCUACUUUUGCAGAAAUAGUUAAAACAUCGGUGGAAAUUCAUGACAUACAAAAAAAGAGUGAACAGAAUAAAAGUUCAUCUAAUUUCAUUGAGCACCGAAGACCACGUAUGAAACGGACACAAAGGGAACAAAAGGAAAACCAAAACACCACAAAUAGGCAAGAUGGAUUUGGUGGUGUUGCUAUUUGUGUACACAAAUCUGUGCAUUCUUCACUACAACGUGUGCGGAUAGACAAUAGCGGUAUGGAAAUUUUAUGUGUAAAGUUAAGUAAUUUCAGUCCUAUAGAUUAUAUUUUAUCAGUGUACUGUCCUCCCUCUUUGAUUAUAAGUAAAAGUGAUUGGGAUAGGCUUCUAUCUUUGUAUACUAAAAAAACACUAAUAUUAGGAGACUUCAAUGCGCAUCACAGUAAUUGGUCGAAUAAGAUAGAUUAUAAGGGAUCACUUAUGUUUGAUGCUUUAGUCGAUAGUAACUUUAUAACUUUAAAUAAUGGUGAGGCUACUAGGAUGCGCUUAGUCAAUGGGAGGCUUCAACAAUCCUCACCUGAUAUUACCUUAGUUUCUUCAGAUAUUGCUUUACAAUUCAACUGGAGGGUGAUAAAUGAAACAUUGGGGAGUGACCACUUAAUGGUGAAGGUUUCUUGUAUUUCGAAUUCUUUAAUUAACCCUAUAGUAAAGCGAAACUUUCGCAAAGCCAAGUGGACUUCAUAUAAAAAUGACACAGAGAAAUUGUUCACUGAUCUCAUUUUACCUGUAGAUCUUCAAAAAGGUUAUGAUUUAUUUAUCUCUAAAAUAAACGAGGCUGCUGCCAAAAAUAUACCUCUAGUUAAGUAUAAUCAGAACCCGGAAUCUAAGUUUACCCCUAGAUCUUUUUGGACAAAGGAAUUAUCCCAUGAAGUAGCUCAGCGUAGACUUGCCCUUGCAAUAUUUCGACGGAAUCCCAGCCCGAAUAAUUACAUAAAACUUAAAAAACACAUAAGUGUUGCGCAGCGAGAUAUUCGUUAUGCUAGGAACAAAGAUUUCCAGAAUUCAUGGUCUUCGGUGGAUAAAUCAACAACUUCCAAUGAAAUGUGGCAUAAAAUGUCCUGGAUGAAAGGUUUUAGAAAGUCUAAGCGUCAUAUAAAUGAUAUAGAAGCUGAAAAACUGCUUCGUUCAUUAGCCCCUGAUUACCCGAUUCCGGUCACGGCGGCCAAUCUCAAUGAGAUGAGCCAACUGCGCAGGAGAUAUUAUAGUGCUCAAGUGUACGCGCAGACACAAGUGCACUCUCUAUUCCUAUCACUCUCAUACUCCGGUGGGACGACCACUCGACACGACCGG